UUUCUGCUUGUUUUUCUUUUUUUUUUUAAUUGAAGGCAAACUGCUUUGCUUUACGGUCCGUAAUUUGACAGCUGGUAGUUUUGUAGGUCGGAUUUCCUUUUUACUUAUCUUCAGUUUACCAUUUCGUUUGUUGCACAAUGUCUAAAAAUCGGAUGCAGUCAGCUAUGGUGUCGGCGCCAGUGGUGACUUGUAUGAAAACGUUACUUAUGGUUUUCAACUUCAUGUUUUGGAUUACUGGCAUUACCAUUCUUGCUAUUGGGAUAUGGACAAAAGUACAGUUAUAUCUCUACAUGGAAUUGUCCACAUUGUAUUAUAAAGAAGCUCCUUAUGUUCUCAUUGGAGUUGGUGCUGUCAUUGUCCUUGUUGGCUCCAUUGGUUGUUGCUGUACUGUUAAAGGAAAUUCCUGUUUGCUUUACAUCUAUGCUGGAUUUUUGGUGGUUGUCUUCGUGGUUGAACUCAGUACUGGAAUUGCAGGCUUUAUCUUCAAGAAUAAGCUUGAAAAGGGAUUCCAAAUUGGUUUACGUACUGCUUUAGAUCACUAUGAGGACAAGAACUAUGCUCCCAGCAGUAACGCAAUUGAUGGUUUGCAGAAGACUCUGGACUGCUGUGGUAUUAAUAGCUAUGAGGACUGGCUAAAAACAAAAUGGAGCCACGCAAACCCUGAUACCGUGCCAAAAAGCUGCUGUCGUAACCAUGAUAAAUGUGAUAAUCGGAUUCCACAUGAUAACUCAAGUGACAUAUUUCAGCAGGGUUGCUAUCGGAAAGUGGUUGAUUUCAUGAAUGGCAAUCUUGGAUUAAUUGGCGGAGUCAUUCUAGGAAUAUCCUUUUUUCAGGUAAAUUUUAAAAUAAAUUUCUUCCAAAAUAAUGAGGUAAAUUCAUAAAAUUUUACUCUUAUU